AUGGACGCCUCUCUGGAGAAGAUGGUGGACCCUACUCUAGCAGAAAUGGGAAAGAAUCUGAAUGAAGCAAUGAAGAUGCUAGAAGACAAUCAAAGAAAAGUGGAGGAGGAAAAUGAAAAGAAGUAUGCACGGAAGGAUAUUCCUGGACCACUCCAAGGCAGUGGCCAGGAUAUGGUGAGCAUCCUGCAGUUAGUCCAGAACCUAAUGCACGGAGAGGAGGAAGAGGAAACUUCCCAGGCCUAUCGACUUCAAAACGUUGGUGAACAGGGUCACAUGGCUCUACUGGGACAUAGUUUGGCUGCUUAUAUAUCAGUGCUGGACAGGGAAAGGCUGAGGAAACUUACCACGAGGAUCCUUUCUGAUACCACUCUCUGGCUCUGCAGGCUUUUCAGAUAUGAAAAUGGAUCAGCAUAUUAUCAUGAAGAUGAUCGUGAAGGUCUGCUAAAGAUCUGUCGACUUGUUAUUCACACGCGCUAUGAAGAUUACACAGUAGAAGGCUUCAACGUGCUCUAUACUAAGCAGCCCGUCAUAUACAUUAGUUCUGCAGCUAGAACAGGCUUGGGCCAAGCUCUCUGCAAUCAGCUGGGGUUACCCCUGUCUUGCAUGUGCCGUGUGCCCUGUAACACUAUGUUUGGAUCUCAACACCAAAUGGAUGUUGCUUUGUUGGACAGAUUGAUUAAAGAUGAUGUAGAAUCUGGGAAACUGCCUUUGUUGCUUGUGGCCAAUGCUGGGACACCGGGUGCUGGGCACACAGAUAAACUUGGCCGACUGAAGGAACUUUGUGAGCAGUAUAAUAUGUGGCUCCAUGUAGAAGGUGUGAAUUUGGCAACUUUGGCUUUGGGUUAUGUCUCCUCUUCUGUACUGGCUGCUACAAAGUGUGACAGCAUGACUCUCACUCUGGGCUCCUGGCUGGGGCUCCCGGCCGUGCCUGCAGUGACGCUCUACAGACACGAGGAUCCGUCUUUGUCCUUAGCAGCUGGGCUGACAUCGAGCCAGCCCGUGGAGAAGCUCCGUGCCCUGCCACUGUGGCUCUCCUUGCAGUACCUGGGCCACGACGGGAUUGUGGAGAGGAUAAAACACGCCUCGCAACUCAGUCAAAGGUUGCUGGAAAACUUGAAAAACCUGGAUUUCAUUAAAACUUCGGUUGAAGAUGAACUGAGUUCACCAGUGGUGGUUUUCAAGUUCUUCCGGGAAUAUUCAAAUAGAGAUCAAGCCUCACAUGGUGCACAGGCCUCAACUAUUCAGCACCCCAUAUUAAGCAAUGAAAGACACAUUUAUGACACCUUCAAUCAGUGGCUGGGAGAGCAGCUGGCACAGCUGGUACCUGCCAGUGGAGUUGAUGUGGUGGAACUGGAAGAUGAAGGCACAUGUGUGCGUUUUAGCCCACUAAUGACUUCUGCAGUUUUAGGAACUGAAAUCCAAGAUGUUGAUCACUUAGUAGACUGCUUAAAAAUGAAGAUACCAGUAUUGACAAGUACACUGCAACUGAGAGAGGAAUUUGAGCAAGAAGUGAGAAGAACAGUAGGCCUGUUGUAUAUUGAAGAUCUCAGCUGGCCAGGAUUAGGUGUUGUAAGAUACAACUAUCACAGUGAUGGGAAGAAUGAUGACAAACAAGAAAAAGAGCUAGAAAAAAUCAAUGCAGAACUUCUGAAAAAAUUGAAUGAACUGGAGUCGGAUCUCACUUUUUCUUUGGGUCCCGAAUUUGGAGGGCAGAAGAACUGUGUGUAUAUUGGCAUGGUCACCGAGGACCUGGACGUGUCGGAGUUAGUCGAAACUAUUGCAGCAACAGGCAGAGAAAUUGAAGAAAAUUCAAGACUGUUGGAAAACAUGACUGAAGUUGUUAGAAAAGGGAUACAGGAAGCACAACUUCAGCUUCAGAAAGCAAACGAGGAGCGCCUUCUGGAAGAGGGAGUGCUACGGCAAAUACCUGUAGUGGGCUCUGUGCUGAACUGGUUUUCUCCAUUCCAAGCCUCACCAAAGGGAAGAACGUUUAAUUUAACAGCAGGCUCUCUAGAAUCCACAGAAUCUACAUACGUAUCAAAAGCCCAAGGAACAGGCACGACUCCACCACCGACUCCCUCUUCCAGCCUUGCAAAGCAAAGACUCCCUGGUCAGAAACCUUUUAAGAGGUCUCUAAGAAGUUCUGAUGCCCUCAGCGAGACCAGUUCAAUCAGCCACUGUGAUGACCUGGAAAAGAUAGAGCAGAGACCCCCGACUCUGUCCCCAGGCCAAGAGCAAGGACCUUUGGAGACAGAAAAACCAGAGGAGCAGAAGGAGGUGGCACAGGCAACAAAGACAGACACUGAGGAUGUUCAAAGUGACAAAUCACCACGUGACUGCCCAAAGGUAGAGGAACAAGCAAGUCAAAGAUAAAAUCCAGAUGGUGGAUUUCGGACUUUGCAGAGGGAACCCGUGCCCUGGGAGGCGGGGUAUUAAUGAUGCAUUGAAAAUGUGAACAGUGCCACACACUAGUACAGUAAUAACUACUGUAACUUAUUAACUGGGAUUUUGCACAAAUAUAAAUUCCCCCCAUGGGACCGAGAUUUGUCUUAUUGUACACUUGUUACAGUUGCUUUAAUCCUCUACAUGUCAGUGUCACCAAAGUACUAGUGAAAUUCAUUAAAUGCUCAUAAACAUUUGUAAAAAACAAUUGGCAGUUAUCCUUCUUGUAGGAAUCUAAGCAUGAGAAUAGUUGCUAACCAACUGAUCAGCCAUACACAAGAUUAAGAAUACAGUUGCAUCUAAUAAUUGUUAAAUGAUCUUACGUUAAUACACUAAAAAAAAAUAAUCAACUGCCAAUUGUUCACCUUUUUAAUAGUUAAAAUUCAGUUUUGCCUCGCCUGCAGAACAUCUGCUGGAGUCACAUUAGCUCUGUUUUGCUGCUUUUUUACCUUCUAAAGAACAUUGCCAAACAGCUGCGGUGCGGUGAGCGCUGGGGACGGACGCCUGUGCCGACAGGAGUCACCGAGCAGGGCUUUCCUUUGCCAUCAGCCAUUUCUCCUGCUGUUGCGUGACUUGACCCGUUCAGCUGAGGCUCUAGGUACAGUGGGGACGGAGUUAAUGAGUUCUAAGCCUUUUAGAAAGAAAUAGUGCCCCUGCAUGCCUCAACGGCUCCCUGCUUCUCCCACUGGGAGGAAUCACCAACGCACCAUUCUUUUCCUUUGCACGGCAUUUAUGAACCAAAUACUAUUGAACACAUUUAUGUAGUGUAACUGGAGUUCUUUCUGUUGUGUAUUUUUAAAGAUAGUUGUAGUAAAGCUUGGAAAAAACAAUACAUUUGUGAUGGUUUCAACACUUAUUUUUUUGAAUAACAGUAACUUACGGUAGAAAAUGUACAGAUGCAAAGAAAUUAUAUAGGUUAUUUACACUACAGCACAACUUCAUAAUGUCUAGGACUACCUAAUGCACAAAUAAGCUUUGGCUAAAUCAAAAGCGAAAAUUUAGAAUUCUUUUCCCCCCGAAUUAUCUUUAUCACUUUGCUGCAAAUUUUCAGAGCCUUUUGUGGGAAGGAGAUCUUUAUAAAAGCUUUCUUUCCCCAAGAUACCUGAUUUUGAGAAAAACCAUCCCAUCCUUCUAGAACUGGAUACAAGUACUGGAGUUUGCUUCAUUUGGUUUUUUGAGGUUUUUUUUUCUCUCCCCCUAAAAGGUAAAUGUUAACACCAUAAUGGCUGUAGUGGCAGCAGGGCUUGCUUUGAUAAUCUGCAAAAUUUGGGGUUUCUGAAUUGUACUGUCACCUGAUUAGACUUUCAGCUUCUAGAUCCUGUGGGGCUGGGAUGCCAUGGACAAGGUUAAUUUUGCUGUUGGGGUAAUUUAUGUAAAUCAGAGUGCAAUUUUUCUAAAGUGCAAAAACAAUUAAGUUGACUAGUCUUCCUCAUGGGUUUCUUUGGUGCAAUGAAGUAUGUUAAUAAGAAGUAUGUUAAUUUGCUGGGGAUAAAGUUAUCACCACAGAUUAAUUUUUAAUGUUUUUAUAUUUGGAGGUGUUAAACCAGUAGUUUUGUUGGAAUGAGCUUCAUUCUUUAGAUACUAUCUGAAUGUUUCAAUAAAGAUUCUUCAAAUUA